GUUGUGCGGGAGUGGUCCACGAGUGAUGUGUGGUGUACUGAAGUGUGACUGAUAAUACGUACCUAUAAUAUUAAGAGAGAAAAUUAUUCAAAAAAUUGUAAAGACGAACGGAAUAUAUAUAUAUAUAUAUAUACGGACAUAUAAUAUACGGUAGAGAGGAGACUGAAUAAAAGAAAGAAAAAAAACGAGAUAACCAGAGACUAUUUAGGAGAUCUAAUAAAGCUGCCGCUGCUUCGGUUUUUUCUAGAAUAUUUUUAAUCCAAAAGAAAAAAAGUUGGGAAAAUUACAAAUAGGGGGAAAGGAAAGAAUCUUUUUUUUCUCAUAUCGUUGGUCUCGCAUACGUGAAAUACACCGCGCAAAGUUUUUAUUAGAUGUAUGCAUUGGCGCGAAUCGUUUUAUAUAAAUAAUUAUUAUUAUCGUCGGUAGUUUGUUAGCAAAUUUUCAAUAUCUGAAUAUUUAAUUUAUGUUAUAUAAAUCGCAUAUAUAUAUAUAACACAUGAAAAGGAGACUGAUCUAAUCGAGAGAAGAAGAAAGAAUAAAAUACAUACAUAAAUUGAUAAAUAAAUAAGCAGGGAAGAAAAAAGAAAAAGGACAAAUUACUCGUUGAAAUCUCGUCUCCCUUCCCCGGAAUUAAUUUCCCCCCUCUGUACGUGAACUUUUAAUUCAACGUCGUUGUUACCGAGGUAUAUAGUUUCGAAGGAGAUUCUACCACCAGAAAAGCAGUGGAUAAUUUGCUGAUAAAUUUAUUGUACAAAAAAAGACUGUUUCAAUAGCCGACACAAUGUCCGUGGACAAGGAGGAACUGGUGCAGCGCGCGAAGCUCGCCGAACAGGCUGAGAGGUAUGACGAUAUGGCAGCUGCGAUGAAGGCUGUCACCGAAACCGGCGUCGAAUUAUCGAAUGAAGAGAGGAACCUGCUCUCUGUCGCCUACAAGAACGUCGUUGGGGCGCGGCGUAGCUCGUGGAGAGUUAUUUCAUCCAUUGAGCAGAAAACAGAGGGAUCCGAACGCAAACAACAGAUGGCCAAGGAGUACCGGGAAAAGGUUGAGAAGGAAUUACGUGAAAUUUGCUACGACGUUCUGCAGGGACUCCUGGACAAGUACCUGAUACCCAAGGCUAGCAACCCGGAGAGCAAAGUAUUCUACCUCAAGAUGAAGGGUGAUUACUACAGGUAUCUCGCAGAGGUUGCAACUGGCGACAACAGGAACACCGUGGUAGACGACAGCCAGAAGGCGUAUCAAGACGCGUUUGAAAUCAGCAAGUCCAAGAUGCAGCCAACUCACCCCAUCAGGCUGGGUCUCGCACUCAACUUCUCCGUCUUCUAUUACGAGAUCCUGAAUUCUCCAGACAAGGCCUGCCAACUGGCCAAACAGGCUUUCGACGAUGCGAUCGCGGAGCUGGACACAUUGAACGAGGACAGCUACAAAGACUCUACACUUAUCAUGCAGCUGUUGCGUGAUAACCUUACUCUCUGGACAAGCGACACGCAGAAUGAAGGAGAUGAACCACAGGAGGGCGGCGAUAACUAACCCUCCUAAUUUAAGCCCUACCCUUCUAAUAUAAAAACAUCCUAUUCUAUCGUCCCCCGACUCCCGUUUCCCUCUGUCCCAUCGCCCUCGCGUAUUCCCUUCCAUAUAAAGACCUCCUCCUAAGAAAGCCAACUUCUCUUUGAAAAAAGAAAUAAAUAAAUAAAUAAACAGGUUCACACGCUAGUUACGCGUGGUUUCAAAUUGUUGAAUAUCGACACUUAAUUUUAAAACAGCCAUAUUAUAAUCGUCGAGCUACGUUUUUUUUUCUUUUUCUUUUUCUUUUUUUUCUCAGCCAGGAUUUUAACCGAAAAAAUAAAAAUAUAUAUAUAUGCGGACUAUGAAAUCGUUUUUAGAAUUUAAAUAAUUGCUAGAAUGUGUUGUCUGGUAGGGAUAGAGAAAGAACAGGAGAGGAGUGAAAGAGAGCAAAAGAACGAGUGUUGCGAAACAGGGAGCAGAGAUUUUUAGCUGAUUGUAAUAGUCGAGAUUUAAAAAUUUAGUCCACGCGUAUGGAGAGUAAAGAAUUGAAUCAAAUGAAACUAGAAGAAUAAUUUCUGAAAACCGACCCGAAAAAACAUCCACACACGUUCCAAUCAACAAUAAAAACAAUAACAACGCAACAUAUGAGAUCAACCGCACACACGUGUUUAAAAAUAUAUUGAUCAAUGCUGCAGGAAGCAUAAAACCAGGUAUGGCAAAAGAGAGAGAGUGAAAGUGAGAGACAUAGACAGAGAUAGUUAGAGAGAGAUACAAAGGCCAAGAAACAAUAUGACCAUGUGAAAUGAAUCAGGAAUAUAUUGCAGUUUUUGGUGUAAUAAUAAUAAUGAAGAAAAAAUAGACAAGAUCAAAGAAAAUGAUGAAAGCUAUUACUCGAAAUAGUGCGUAAAAAAAUUGGAAAAUUUUUUUCAAUAAAGAAAACCCAUUGUCAAACGAUGAGAAACAAAAAAAACAAUUAUACUGCUGUCCAGUCUUGUUAAUUACCAUCUUCAAGAGAAAAAAGAAAACAUCAUUAAAGGAAGAAAAAGCGAAAAAAUUUAACGCUAAAAAAAAGAAGCAUUAAUACAUUAUAUACCUACCCAGUUGUCAUUUAAGAAUGAAAUUUCACAUUGUCUAGCAAAUACGAUAUUAUUAUAUGUACGAACGUGAGAGAAAAAACGUUAACAUCUAAAACAAUAAACUCGCAGGAGGAGAAUGGAGAAAAAAAUACAUUAUUAAAUUAUUCAGUUCCAAAAUGUGAGAAGACAUCAGAAAAAAAACGAAAUAUCAACUUCAACAACGUCGGUGGUAACUUUAUUUCUCUUUGAAUAAAUACCUGCUAAUUUUUCUUGAUUAAUUUUUAUUGAUGCGUUAUUGCAUUCGCUGUAUUCCAUGUUGUUAUUAUUAUUAUUACUACUCCAUACACACAGAGAUGAACAUACUAGAAUUGCCUGUAAAGAAAAUGAGAGAAAAAAAGAAAGAUGUAUAAUAAUUUUUGCGAAAAAUCCGACACAUGCAUGUAUUAUUAAUACGUAUAUAUGUAACCAUAUAUAUGUAUUAAAAAGAUAGGGAAAAAAAAUUUAAUUAUGAAACGAGGUACGUUUUCAUCAAAUCAUAGCUCUGGUUGUCGUGGAUCGCUGGAGGCUGCAUGAAGAGAAAACAAAAUCCACAUAUAAAUACGCGCGUUUUUAAAUAUCCUCCGUUUUACAGCCUCCCCAAUUUUCCCUCACUUAUUCAUCCAAUCGACCCACCCGUGAAAUUGCACCCCAUUUACCUACCCAAAAACCCUGUCCUAAUGAAAAAAAACCUCUUUAUAUAUUAUAUAUCAUAAUAUAUAUAUGCCAGAGAUGUUUACUACUACAUAAUAAUUCAUGUUGAGGUCGAAGAAGCAAAUUGUAUGUGUAUAUUUUUGUUGUGCGAUCCUUUUCUUGGUACAUACAUAAUACUUGGUCGGGCAAUUUCUAAGCGAGACAUAAUUUUCACGAAGGAACUAAGAACAAGGCAAAGAAAGAAAAGAGAUAAAUAUAAAGAAUCAUCAUCACUAUGCAAUUAUACGCAUCGUUACACAAGAUAAAAUUCCAAACUCAGCCAAAAAUCCCCCUCAAAUAAUAUCUGUAUACAUAUAAUGUUUACGUAUGAGUACGGUCGUGUAUGGAUAAUGUUGGAGGCAGGAAUAACGUACGAACAUGAAUAACAAAAAGAAACAGACAAAUACCUAUACACUACUAUUACUGCAUACUAACAAAAGCAGUGGAUUAAAAACUGAAAGGCGAUGGCUAGUUCAUUACAAAUAUUUAAUAUCAAUGGUGAUAUAAAGUGAACGAAAACGAAAAAAAAAACCAAUAAGAAAAAGAAGACACGCAUAAUACACACAUCUAACUUUAAAAUGAAAAAAAAAUCUUAAGAUCAACCCCUUCCCAUCAUAAGUUACAACCAUCUUUGAACUGAUUUCUUGAAAGAUAUCUAUUUUUUCGUAUAUAUAUAUUACGGAUAUGAGUAAUUGAUAUGUAUAUAUACAUAUAUAUAUACGUUUGGGUAAACGUGUUGCUGUCGUGUUGGUAUUUUUGAUGUAUCGGUGUCAGUCGCAACAAGCAAAAAAAAACAAUACAAUAAUAACGUAACGUCAACUGGCGUCUCGGUCGUGUUCCAUGCAUUGUACCAAUCAAAACGAUUAUGAUUAUACCUAUCAAUCUUUACCAAUUAACGGAUCAAAACAAUCUGCUUUGAUUAUUAUGUAAAGAAACUUUUUUUUUAUAUAUAUAUAUAUAAUCAUAAUGCUGAUAUAUUUGUUGCUCAAUCGAAUACGAGAGUUUUAUAAGCAAUGGGAGUCUGCUCAGUGAGGAAAGAAAACUGUUAAAAAAUCACAGACAAGAAUCGCGUUUUUCGGGACUUAUCGAAUGUUUCUUAUCUCACUCGGCUGGCUCCAAUAUUUGUAUUUCCCUACUUCUCCCCUCCCGAACAAAACCAUUAACGAUGAUCCUUUCCAUCAUUUCUCAAACAAGAACAACAACAAGAACACAUUUUUACCAACUUAUGUUGUGUUUUUGAUUUCUUUUAUUGCUUUUUUUUUCUUGUAAUCCAAAUUGUACAUUUUUUCAUUAUACCUUUAAUUGGAAGUAAUUUGAAUUACAAUUUUUAUCUAAUUCUUUUAAAUAUCUUUAUCCUUUUCUACUCUACUUACUUCAUCGUUUAACUGCUGUUAAUUAUUCUAAUUCUAAAUACGUGGAGAAUAACCGAUUGUGAGUGAAGGAAAGGAAAAAAAAGAAAAGUAAAAAUGAAUUUUAAUUGUUUCAACGAGAACCAGAACGCUAUUCAUCCAAAAAAAAAAAAACAAUGAAUCACUGAUUAGUGUAUGUUGUAACUUCUUAGCUGCUUUCCCUCGCCAACCAAUUUCCACCGUCCUCCUAUUUUGAAAAAAAAAAAAAAGAAAAAGAACCUCCUCUCCGAUUAGAAAACUAUACUUGAUAAUAAUAAUAAUAAUAAUAAUAAUCAUAACGAUAAUAAUAAUAAUAAAAUAUUAUUAUUAAUUGACACGCCAUUUUUACCCACUUCACCAUACGCAGAAACAAAAAAAAAAAACUACCACCAACACCCACCACUACCACUCUUUGUCCUGAAUUACGUUGUUCUAUUUGUAUUUAUCAUCAUCCAUCGUAAUUGUAAAUUAUAAUUAUUAUAAACGUUUACACGAAAUAAUAAAUUCUGAUAAAAUGUCUGAAAAAACCA